AGUGCCCGAGGCUGGGUCUGUUCGCUGGACGCCGGCCAGGGAUGCUUCCGCCGGACUGCUGUGCGGGUCUUGGGUUGUGGCAGAGGGAUGGCGAAUGUGCAGGUGGCCGUGAGGGUCCGGCCUCUCAGCAAGCGGGAGACCAAAGAAGGGGGAAGAAUUAUUGUGGAAGUUGAUGACAAAGUGGCAAAAAUCAGGAAUGUAAAGGUGGACAGUCGACCAGAGCGCUUUGGAGACACCCGGGAGAAGGUUGUGGCAUUUGGUUUUGAUUACUGCUAUUGGUCAGUCAACCCAGAGGACCCUCACUAUGCAUCUCAGGAAGUGGUGUUCCGGGACUUAGGGACUGAAGUACUGUCUGAAGCUGCCAAAGGCUACAACAUAUGUCUCUUUGCAUACGGGCAGACAGGCUCUGGGAAGACAUACACCAUGCUGGGGACUCCAGCCUCUGUUGGGCUGACUCCGAGGAUAUGUAAGGGUCUCUUCAUCAGGGAGGAUGACUGUGCCUCGCUGCCUUAUUCCCGUAGCAUAAAAGUAAGCUUCCUAGAAAUCUACAAUGAACGAGUGAGAGAUCUUUUGAAGCAAUCCAAUCAAAAUAAGUCUUACACUUUAAGGGUCAGGGAGCACCCGGAGAUGGGGCCCUAUGUCCAAGGUCUGUCUCAGCAUGUUGUUACCAACUAUCAGCAAGUUAUCCAGCUCCUGGAGGAGGGGAUAGCAAACAGGAUCACAGCAGCCACCCAUGUUCACGAGGCCAGCAGCAGAUCACACGCCAUCUUCACUAUCCACUACACACAGGCAAUCCUACAGAACAACCUCCCUUCAGAGACGGCCAGCAAGAUCAAUCUUGUGGACCUAGCAGGCAGUGAGAGAGCGGAUCCCAGUUACUGUAAGGACCGGAUUACUGAAGGCGCCAAUAUCAACAAGUCCCUUGUGACUCUGGGAAUUGUAAUCUCCACUUUAGCCCAGAACUCACAAGUGUUCAGCAGCUGCCAGAGCCUCAGUAGUGCAGCCAGCAGUGGAGGUGACAGUGGGAUUCCUAGCACCACGUCUGGGACCAGCAGCGGAGGGGGACCUGCAAGGAGGCAGUCUUACAUCCCAUACCGGGACUCUGUGCUGACCUGGCUGCUGAAAGAGAGCCUUGGAGGCAACUCCAAAACCAUCAUGGUUGCCACUGUGUCCCCUGCACAUACCAGCUACAGUGAGACCAUGAGUACAAUGAGAUACGCAUCCAAUGCCAAAAACAUCAUCAACAAGCCACAGGUGAAUGAGGAUGUAAAUGUGAAGCUCAUCCGAGACCUCAGGGAGGAGAUUGAGAGGUUGAAAGCCGUGCUGCUGAACUUUGAACUGAGGAACUUGCGUUCACUAAAUGAUGAUGUGAGUGAGAACCUGCAGGAGCUAGUCUUCCAGAAUGAUUUGAAGAUAGACACACUGACUGAACCCUGGCCUCAGAAGCAGAAUGACCGGCAGGCGCUCUUGGAGCAUUAUGGUGUGGACAUCAACAGGAAGAGGGCCAGGGUGGUCAUUGACUCCAGCCUGCCACACCUGAUGGCUCUGGAGGACGAUGUGCUCAGCACAGGCGUGGUGCUUUAUCACCUCAAGGAGGGGACAACAAAAAUAGGAAGGAUUGAUUCAGACCAGGAGCAGGAUAUCGUCCUUCAGGGCCAGUGGAUUGAGAGGGACCACUGCACAAUCACUAGCACUUGUGGGGUGGUUAUUCUCCGGCCUAGCCAAGGGGCACGCUGUACAGUCAAUGGUCGUGAAGUCACUGCUUCCUGCCGUCUGACACAAGGAGCUGUCAUAACACUGGGGAAAGCACAGAAAUUCCGGUUUAACCACCCAGCCGAGGCUGCUGUGCUGCGGCACCAGAGGCUCAAGGCUGGAGAGGCUCUUGGCAGCAGUGGCUCUUUGGAAUGGCUGGACUUGGAUGGAGAUAUCAGUGCCUCAAGACUGGGUCUCUGCCCUGUGCUCAGGAAGGAGAGGAGAGUAUUGGAAGAGCAAUGUGACAAGGACCAGCAGCCAUCAAGAAAUAGCGAGAUAUAUUACAGAGCUCAGCCUGAGCAACAGCCGUGCCAUGUGGAGGCUCUGGAGCAGCAAGCCAAAGAAGGACAGAGUAGAGUCCAGGAGGAGCUAGAACUGGACCAGACACAUAUCAGCCGGCAGACAAAAGGCAACCAGCAGUGGCUACUCAGAGAAGAGACCUGGCUAGCCAGCUUACAAGAGACACAGCAAGAAGCCAACUGUGGAGAAGAGAAAGAACUUGAGGCCUUUGUGGCACCUGAUGCUUGGCUUCCAACAGUUCCUCAGAUUCCACCAUCCCCACUGGUCCAAAGCCAAAAGAGGGUGGUGCAGCCCCAGUGCUUGCGGAGACAUACUUCUCGGGCUACAGUGUGGAACAUCAGGCAGAAAAAGUUAUCGUUCCAGCUAGAGAGAAUUAUUAAGAAGCGGAGGCUGCUGAAGGCCCAGAAGAGACUGGAGCAACUCAGUGCACUCUUCUGGAUCCAAGAUGAUGGUGCUUCCAAAGCCCCAAGUUGGGCCUCUAGCUCUAACACCCCAGGCCCAGGUUCUCAGUGGAGAAGCAGAUGGACUACUUGCUGCUCUCUGAGUCUCCAAAGGCUAGGCAGCCAGCGCUUGCCCCAGCUACACAGUGCUUUCAUGAACUCGGAUCCUUCUGCCAUGUCACCACCUGUGCCUGACCUGACUCACCAAAUGCCAAAGAAAACCCUGUCAACAGAUACCAAGGCUACAGCUUGUCCUCCAAGGACAGGACGCCUGGGCAGGAACAGCCUCCAUUCAUCACAGCGGAGGAAGUGCUCUCCAGCCAGGAGAGCUUCUACCCAAGGCACCUGUCGCACUGUGAGCCACAAAUCUGUCAGCAGCCAAGAAAUUGAGUCAUUGGGUAAGCAGCUCUGUCAGAUGUUAUCCCAGGGCCAACCAACUAAGAAACAAAAACCAAGGGACGGUUCAAGGACCUUUACCCCUGCUGCCCAGACCAGAAAGGCUAAGGGACUAGUAGCCUCUGUCAACACACAAACAGGCUGGCAAAAAGGAGGAAGUUGUAGGAGCUUCGAGGCUCCUGAGGAAACAUCUUCCUGUUCUACGGAUCUCAGUGGAUCAGAGCCAGCAGCUGGGCUUAGAAAAAUAGUCAAGACUUUUCAGGCAGAAUUCAAAGCACCUCCUCCAAGCAGAGCAUCAAAAAAGAAUCCGAGGCUGUUGGCAUCUAGGGCCAGGGACAUUGCCAAAAAGUCCUCUCAUUUGCCUUGUGGCAGUCCUUUAAAAAAACAACCUAGUGCAGAGGAUCUAGACACACCAGCCUCCUUCACAGAUUCUAGACCUAUAAAGGACCAUGUAAGGGAAGAGAACAAAGAUUUAUCUGACACUGAAAGCAGUUACUCGGUGGAUUCUCUUUCUUAUAUCUAUGCCAAAGUCCCAAAGAAGCUGCUGAAGCCAGAGGACCUUCAGGGAAAAUGGGAUCUUCCCGAUCCGGAGAACUCUGAAAGUGACAACAGUCAAAUAUCUGAUGAUUCACUUGCUGAGAAAGGGCACCGAAGCCUCCCAGAAAACUCUAGAGCUGAAUAUUCCAUUAAGGACCAUGGGCAUUCAAGGGCCAGAACUUCAGCCUCUGUGUGGGGUCUCCUCAUGCCCUCAGACAGUAGCGUAUGUACUCAGAUGUACCGGAGCUUUUCCUUGGACAGCCUGAUUGAUCCUGAAAAUAGGCCAGGGGAGCCUUUCCUUGGUUCUGCUGACGAAAUGCCUACAGAGACUUUUUGGCAUCUGCAGAAGGCCACCCUAUCUGUACCAGACCAGGAGGCAACAGACAAGCCUAGCUCUAUCAACCACAGAACAGGAGUUGGGGUGAGUGUUCUGCCAAAAAGCAAUUCAUUUUACCUUGAUCCUCAGUUCCAGCCCCAUUGUGAGCAGCUUGAGUCAGAAAUGGAGGCAAACUAUUCUGAACAAACCAACCCUCUCCAAGGCAUUCAACUUGCAAGAGAGAGCCCCCUGUUAUCUGUGGAUUCAUGGUUUUCUUGUGACUCUAAGGUCAAUCCCAGCAGCCCCUCAGGGGUCAUACAUUCUUUAUGUCCAAGCCCUGACAUACAUGAAAUUCAGCCCCAGGGUGAGAAGCCCAAACACUGGCUAACCAUUGAAAAAGUAAAGCCACCAGGUACCUGCAAACUUCCCCAAAGCAGUCCUGAGCCACCCUGCAGUUCAGAUUUGUAUGCAACCUCUACUUCUGAUACAUCCAAGCCCUCAGUUUGUGAAAGCCAAAGACUCCUUCAGCCAGGAGUUGAUGGAUUCCUUCAGGGCAGAGAAAUGCCUGACAUGACCAACCAGGGUAUCUCUGAAGAGUCCCACAUUUCUGACAUGUCAAGUGUGCUGGCUCCCUCUACCACCUCGUUCACUCAUGUACGUAGUCUUAAUAAGAAGGAGUGGGCUGCCCUUCAUGAAGAAUAUCUCCUUGAGCUCUCUGAUUCUGAUUUUCAAGCUGUAGGAGAGCCCAGACCAGCUUUCCCCUUCCUGGAGGAAGACUCUAGCUCCCUGGCUGACGCUUCUGAUAAAGUAGACACUCAGUUGCAAACUGGCCCUGGAUUAUCUAGAAAUUUAGAUUUCAGCUCCUUUCCAGUCCAACUAUCCAAAAUCAGACACUUAAGAGCAGAGAGAGACCAUGACAGUCUGAGUGCCAAUGUAGAAAGUGCUUCUGAUCUCUUCAGCUCCGUUGAGAGGAUGAACUAUAAUGGGACAUACCCAGCAGAUGUAGAGUUGCAGACUUCUGGAUCUAUAAAUGCACAGGCCUAUACAGCAGGAAAUAUGAUACCAGGUUCCAAGACAGAAGCAUGGGAAGUCAGUCAGGCCAGCUUGGAAGGAUGCCUUCAGGGUGGCAGACAUUCUGCGCUGAUAACUUCCUCUGGGCAGUAUUUCUUCCAGAAGAGGGCUUAUCACAAUCACACCUUAGCCACUGAAGUAGACUUUUUACCUCAAGAUGGGGUUCUUCUCAGGAAAAAUGCUGCAGUUCAACCAGGACUAUUAAAUCACAGCAGCCACCAGCAACCCCUGCUGGAAGAGAAGGCAGCUUCUCAGCAGUGUACCGAGGAAGUAGCUGAAACACACAUAGAUGCCUGUUGCACUUUCCCUUCAGGUCCAGACUUGUUCCUGCACUCUGACCCCUGGAGCUCUUUCCCAUCCUCCCUGCAGCCGCCUCCCCUGGAAACAUUCUAUGUAACCAAAAGCAGGGAUGCCCUGACAGAAACUGCCUUAGAGAUUCCAGCCUGCAGGGAAGCCUGGGUGCCAUCCCCACCCCCUAGGGAAGCCUGGGGCUUUGGUUGUAGCCAUCAAGUCCCCCAGAAAGCUCACUGGAAAAAUAAUUUGCCCAAGUUGUCCCAAAGUCAGAAUUCUACGAUUGAUUCACCUCAGCAGACAACAGCAAAGAGGCCAACAGAUGUGAACACAGGGGAAGGUACUGAAGAACUGGGGGGACACUCCAGAUAUAUGAGAGAAGAAGGUACUGGAGAGCUGGGGAAACACUUCAGACAUAUGAGAGAGGAAGAAAAUCACGAUUCUGCUUACUGUUUUGUUCAGAACAGACAGCAUCUCUCUUCUACCAGCCUCAAAGCUUGUGAAUGUGGAAAUCAACUUGGUAUUUUAAAUAAGGAGUACAGCCUCUCAGUCAACGAGGACGGAGAAGGGGCCUCCGCGUGGCAUCACUGCAGUGUUGCCUUCAAUGGCUCUGAGUCAAAGACUUUGCUCUUCAUUUGUGAUUCCAAGGCAAGUGGGGAAGAACAGAGUUCACUCCUGCCACAGAUACAGUCCUGUGCUAUGCACAGUCAAUCUCCUUCUGGAGCUAGGACUGACUUCAUUGGCAAAAUUGCCAAUUUAGACCUAGAGAAGGUCAUACCAGAGGAAACUGCUGUUUCCUUGAAAUCAAGAUCACUCCACUGUCUAAGUAGCCCUGUGAUCAUGGCAGGAGGUGGAAGUCCAACCCACAGGUGGGAGGGGAGGAAUGAAACUGUGCUUCUCAGAGAAGUGAUUUCCAAAGACAUCCAAGAAGAGAUUAGUCUUCCAGGAACCCAGUAUACCUGUGAAAGAUGCCAUCUAGUUAUGUGCUCUCAGAAAAGAAAGCCCACUGAAUGCAAGGCCCAUGGACAGUUAGAAGAAAUACAGUCCAAAGAAGAACCUUUGGGAGAGAAACAGAAUACAAGAGUUAAUAAUACCGAUGAAAUGGCUAGGCUGAUCAGGAGUGUAAUGCAGCUGGAAAUUGGCAUCUUAGAAAUUGAAUCCAAGCAGAAUAAGCUUCUUCAUGCUUCCCACAUACCAAGUACAGAGCUUAUGCUCCAGGAUUUAGAGGACCAGGAGAAGGUUGGCCAUGUCCCUAAGUCAGAAAGUUCUGGAAAACAUUUAUGCUUUGAGGAUCAGCCAUCUUUUCCAAAACAGACAGAGGACAGUAUCUUCGAAGACAGCAAAGCUGGAGAAAUAGAGAGUAACACUGCAAUUAGUAAUAAUACUCAGGUUCAGAAAAUCAUAGGAAGCCCCUUCAGAUCAAGGGAAUAUGUACAAAUGAGGGGGUCUGAGAGUGAGCUCUCCUAUUCACCUGGAGCAGACAGACUUGCUAGGGACACACGCGAUUCUUUGCGGAAAGGCACAGCUCUCAGAAAGCCUAGCAACAUUUCCCUUCACUCUAGAAGGAUAAGAGCAUUAGCUAGAGCUCUACCAUUGCAGUCCAGUGUGGAGAGACCUGAGAAAGAUGAUGAGCUUCUAAAAGUAUCAGCAAAAUUCCACAACCAGACUUGGGCCUUGGAAAGUCUUAAGGAACUGGAGAGUAUGGAAAGUUUUCAGGAAAGCCAAAUCGUUGAAGUUCCAAGUGAUUCAGAAUUGGAGGAUGCAAAAACUCAAGGGGGAGUUGAUGAAAUGACCGUGGACAGGGGAGGGAACCUACAGGAAAAAGAGAAUAUGGUCUUAUCAACUCAGAAAGUUUCUACUCCCAGCCAGCACUGGAAGGGCACAUUUUUCAGCCAGGAGACUGUCUCCCCAUUCCAUAACCAGACAGGCUUCUCUGCAGCUCUUCCUUAUGGAGAACUGUGUGGUACCCAACCCAUGCAUUCUCUACGCUUCCCAAGAAGCUGUUUGCAUGGCUCUGAUACCAAAGGUGUCUCUUCAUUUGAGUACAUAUUAGAACCUGUGAUGUUGAAAACUAAUAGAAAUUCUUUGGCAACUGGAAUAGGGGGUCAGGAUCACAGUGGAGAAACCAGAAGCAGUAGCCCACAGGAAAGUGUUUCAGGGGAUGUUUCCACCACACACACUCCCUGGGGUGGAUCUGUAAUGCCCAUGGUCAUGAGGACUAAUGGUCAGUCUGUUAUAUCAGACAGCAUUCUCCUAGAGACAGAGGACUGGAUAACAGUAAGUACUAGCUCCCAAGAAGACCAGGAAGGGGACUUCAGAGAUACUUCCAUAGGCUCAACUACCCAGGAAGGUUUGGGUUCUGAGGCUGAGGCAACUGUACAAAAAGAAAGAAAAACCAGUUCCUUGGACAGGGUCUCAAGGCAAACUGAAAAGAGAGUCAAUUUCCUCUUACAAAACAAUAGAGACCAGGGUGAAGAGGAAAGGCAGAAGGCAGAGGAGAAGUCAGAAGACCAACAACUUCCCAACUCUGCUUACUUAACACCCAUGUCUGUACUGAAGGGACCUGAUCCAGAGCCUCUGCUACUACCGGACUCCUCUAUCCAUGCAUCCAUAUGCCUGGGUAUCUUGGCAGAGAUCAGACAGGCAAAAGCACAGAGGAAGCAGCUUACUGACUUUGUGACUGAGGGAACAGUCCUUCCUUAUGAAACUUCACAAGAAGCUGAGCGUUUUUCAGAGACUGCUGGUAGAUCUCAGACACCAAAGCUUGAGUGGGAUAGCACCAGGAAUGAAGCUAAAGCACAAGGAUUGCAUGUGGCCUCUCCAUCUGCUGUGUCUGCAGACCUCUUGACUGAUGAAAGGAAAACCCAGGCCAGUGCAGGGAGCUUUCAUCAUCUGCCCAAUCCUGAAACUGACAGAGGACCACAGCAUCAUUUACUGGCUUCGUCUCACAUUGUUUCAGAGCUAGAAAAAAGAUUUUGCACUGGAAAACCAAGGCAAUUUUGUGGAGCAAGUGGAUGGUCUGAUUCUUCUAAAAUCAUAGAGAAAAGGAAAGAAACAUCUAGAACAAAGUCCUCUGUUGAUCAUUUGGCCUCAGACAGGCUUCUUUCUAUACCAGCUGUAGAGGAGGAUGGGAGGGUGGGAUCAGAGAAAGCAUCUAUUUUGCCUUCUCAAACCUCUUGUGAUAGUCCUGGCAGGAUUCUCCAUGGGCAGAGUCAGUUGCCUGCAUGGGAGACUGCAGAAGGUCUACCCUCUGGUGGGAAGGACAAUAUCCUGGGUCAUCAGGAACCUAGAAGUCUAGAUAGCACAUGUGGAGGCGGUUCAGGUAAGAGCUUAGUGACCACACAGGCAGGAAAAGCAGUCCAUUCUGAGUGUCAGUCUGUGAUCUGUACUGUUGAUAAUGCUGUAGACCUUUCUCAGCCUAAGCAAGACCAUAUUCAGUGCUUGGAUACUUCUACUGGCUUAGAAGAAAUGAAAGCAAGUCCAAAGUCAUGUGCUGUUCAGCCUGGAGCUCCAAGAAAAGUUGAAGCAGAAGCUAACAUAUGGCAUCCUGUCAAGUGGAAAAAUGUUGACUCUGGUCUGGCAGAAGCCUGUGGGGGUGACAGCAAAAAUCCAUGGUCAACUUCAUUUCUAGAUCAAAGACCAAACCUGAAUUCCAAUGGAGUUAGAGAAGAGGCUCCUGGUCCAUGCCCAAAAGAGUGCCUUGUCUUCGAGGGGAACACUGGAGGCAGCGGGACACUUGGCUCAUCUUAUGAAGGGGAAGAGAACAGAAGUACUCCUUGCCCUCACCUAAGUGGUUCUCAGGCUACUGCUGCUGUUCACGUCUGCUGCUCUCAUGCCUCUACUCCGCCGUGUUAUAGAGAUGGUGUCCUUAGGAAGGGAGCCCCCUGGGCUGUGCCACAUUCUGAGCACUCACCUGUCAGAGUACCAGCUAGGAUCUGUGAAGUGGAUGGAGCAGGAGAGAGCUUUUCCAAAGACUCUCAAGUGUCUUUGGCACAUGGCCUCAAGCACACAUGUGGGCCAGUAGACAACAGCAUUCCCAACCCACCCACUCCUGUCUCCUCUCCAGCUCAAAGCUGCAGCUGCCUUUCCACCUCAGAAAUAAGGGCAAAUUGCCUCACCCACACAGUUGCUAGGGGAAGGUCAGUAGAAGGUUCGGGGGAAAAGACUACAGGGAAGAAGGCCAGCACUGCCCCUGAGGAUAUUUAUCCAUCCAGUUCUGCAGACAUGAGCUCUGAGCCACUGAGAACUUUGAGGAAUAACUCUGUAGGUGAGAAUGCACAGGCAUCCCAAACCAUGCCAGAACCUCCUGCAGUGACUCAGGGGCUACACACCCUAAAUUCAAAUGAAGGAUCUGUUGACAGUAAGUUGGUGAUAGCGGCUCAGUUUGGACAUUUAGAAAAUACUAUCAGAUACUGUUCAGAAAAGAUGCAACCUUCCACUAAGGUCAGGGGUCACAGUUGCUUGGGUCCCCAAGCCAAAUUUGUAGACAUGUUGAAACAUACCUGCUACCCUCAGAUUGAGACUUCAUGGGAAGAGGAAGAACAACAGAGAGACCAGGUCUCAGGAGAUGGCAAAAACCAGGCCCAGGUCAGAAAUCUAGUACUUUCUAACGUUGGUGGCUUUGAUGGCUUUCAGACUAGAGGUGGUGAAAGAGAGGAGAUAGUUGUAACCAAGCCUUCUGUAUCCCAGACUUUCUUUUCAGACUUUGAAGCCCAAACUCAACCAUCACAGCCCGCUGCCCAGACUCCUUGCCAGCUCUGCUCUGAUAGGGAGCAGCUGCCUUCCAGCCACAGGAACUUGCUUCCUUUGAUUGCAAUCUUCUCUGGCCCCAAACAUGCCGGGUACUCCCCUAGACCUCAGUUUACUGUGGUCAGCUCAUCUCGGUCUCUUCAAGAACUAAAUUUGAGUGUGGAACCUCCUUCCCCAACAGAUGAAGAUGCACAGGGGCCAACCAGCUUGUGGAGACCACAUCUCAGGGGUCAUUCCUUUGAAAAGCCAGUCUCAGCAUCUCUGAAGACUCAGGAUUGCAGUCAGAAAGCUUCGUGUAACUUGAACAAUGGCCCUUCUGAUCACAGGCCCUUGAAUCCCGUCAUACCUCCUUACCCAACAUCGUCCACUGUGUCAUGUAUGCCAACCCCUGAGUUCAUGACCACCUGGAAGCCUGGAGCUUUGGAACAGGCCCAUCAAGGACAGACAGAUAAACUGAGUGUCCAGGAUAUGUCAGAGAAUUGGCAUUCUCAGGGGGACAAAGAAAUGCUGCACUUUGGUUCUAGUAAAUUAAGUCCCUCUGUCCUGCCCUCGUGUCGACAGGGACCUGUGCAUAUUGGUUGGAAGCAAUAUGUGUUUGGAACUGCAGUUGAUGUCUCUUGUAGCCAGAAACCCCAAUUUCUAGUACAAUCAAACAUGGGUCAGUGUUCUAGCGUGGACAAUGUCGUAGAAGACAAGAAAUCUCCAUUUCACUCUCAUCCCAAGACUGAUGCCCAAACCCAGGAUUUGCCAAACAUACACAGUGUCAUUGAGAAUGACCAAAGUUCAAAUCAGCUGCCUCUGGCUAGAGGGAAUGCCACAACUCAGGUAGAUGAGAUUGUACUACUCUGCCCACCAGAGACAGGCUGUGCUGUGGGGCAGGCCAAUAUGAAUACCUUUAAGCAGGGAACACAGACCCUGGGCAGCAGGCUCCACCGGAGUUGCACUGAUGUCUCUGUUCAGCCUGAUGCCAAGACAAUGUCAGACUCUGAGCUAGCCUCCUGGACCAGCAUGCACAACCUGUCUGUUCACCUUUCACAGCUUCUGCACAGCACUUCAGAGCUGCUUGGGAGUCUCUCACAGCCAAGUGUGGUCAUAAAGGAACAGAAUGUCAAGAGUGAAUCCCUAGACGAGGCCCAACAGGCCCUCAUGAUGGAUGGUUCUACUCGGACCACUGUGGAUGAGGGCAUCCAGACGGACCUGGCCUUACCUCCUCUGGCCUUUCAGGGCCCAGAGGUCAAGUUUGAGGAAGUCAGUGUGAUCCUUGAAGUGAUGGACUCAGGUAUCACCACUGUGGCUCAAGAAAAGGAAGAUAACCCAGUGGUGUUUCAGAAGACAGAGGCAGAGGAGGCAGCAGAAUCCCCAGAUCUCCAUGAAGGAAACACCCAUGAUAAGCUGCAGAGCCCUUCUGUGCCCUCACCACACUUGAGGUUUCAGAAAGCUGAUCUUGAGCAGAACAUUACUUUCAUGAGCCCCCCAGCUUCUCCUGAUGGUUCCCCACCUCCCAGUCUGCAGCCAGAGGAAUCUUGCAUGGUGGUCAACAUGCCCAGAAUCUCCCAGCACUCAGGGCUCUCCCUUGGUGCUUCUGAGUUCACCCAGGAGCCUAGUACCCAGAAAAGGUUGUGCAGCUCGAGUGCUGUGCUGGUGGAUAGGGCUUCCUCUCCAAUCCUUACAUUUAGUGCCAGCAUCCAGGAGCUGAGCAACCCCUUAACCUGUUUGACUCUACCAGUUCCCUCAGCUCAUCCUCUUGAAGACUUCCAGAAGCUUGACAUUAAUCCAGACCUUGCUGUUGGUGACCUAAGACCGCCAAUGGAUAAUUCUCAAGCCACUGAUGAGUCUGGUGUCUUUCAGAGAGCUGAGUCUUUGGAAGGCAAAAGCCUUUUAGGAAAAAGUUCUGAGAGAUUAUUUCUUGAUUCUAGCUCCCUAUGCAGUCCACAGCAGAGCUCUAGUCUCCAAGUUAGUUUCUUAGGAAAGGCCCCUCAGCAGCUUCGGCCCAAGAGCACCACUGGAGACCAAAACAAGUUGCCAUCUCCACCACCAAGGCACAGGAGCCCGAAGCUAGAUGACAGCUUUGUGUCUGAGAAGGUGGCUUCCAUAGAGCAUGGUCCACCGAGGCCCAGCCAGUGGCAGGGCAGGGCAGCAAAUAAGGAUGGGAGCUCCGAGUUUAUGCUGGAGCCACAACCCAAUGUGGAUCGACCUUCUUCACAGACAGGUCUUCAGCCCCUUAGCCCUUGUCAGAUCUCUGAUACUACAGGACUUCAAAGUCCUGCUGUAGACCCACCUCAGGCCUGCCAACCAGUGGGGUUGCUCUCUCCUGGUUUACAUAUGCAUGUGGCCCCUGGUCCCCAACAUCACAGCCUCGGGGACCUCCCAGUUCAUAACAAUUUAAAUAACUGGUAUGGAGUUCAGAAUGGACCUUGCAUAGGUGAGAGUUUAGGGGUCAGAUGUGACUCCAGUUCUGUGGGGACACAAAGGCCCCUGCAACCUUCUGACAAGUACAGCCAGGACCCUGAGUGGCUUCGAUUGGAGCACAUCCCCUUACAAGCUGGGGUUCAGAAGCCCUCACUCAGUGUGGAGCUCACAGAAGCAAAACUACACCAUGGCUUUGGGGAGACAGAUGCCCUGCUGAAGGUGCUGCAGAGUGGGACAGGGGAGGUGCUUGCUCCUGAAGAAUCUGCUGUGCCCUCCUGUAAGGAGUUCUACACUAGGCAGAAAAACACUGUUGAGAGCCUCAGGAGAGAGAGGGCUGAGCGACUUCAUAACUUUCGUCGGACACGAAGCCUCAGUCCCCAGAAACAACUAGGCUUCCUGCCUAGCAAGGCUCUCCCCACCUGGGAACUUGACUUGCCCAGCAGACGCCAAGAAUACCUGCAGCAGCUGAGGAAGCAUGUUGUGGAGACCACUAGAAUCCCAGAACCAGCACCAAGAUUAGCCCGCCCUUCCUCUGACAUUGAGCUCAUGCUUCAAGAGUAUCGCCGGGCCCGUGAAGAGGCCAAGGUGGAGAUUGCCCAGGCGCGAGAUCGGCUCAAGGAGCGAGCUGAACAAGAAAAGAAGAGAAUCCGCCAGCAGAUCAUCUCCCAGCUACUGAAGGAAGAGGAGAAACUACAGAUUCUAGCCAACUCUAGCUCCCUGUACAACAGCUCCAGUGGAAGCAUAUCUUCUGGUGUCACGUCUGGUUACAACAGCAGCCCAGCCUUCUCAGGGCACCUCCAGUCUCUAGAAGUUUCGGAGGACUCUCAAGUGCCAAAUUCCCAAGACACUUGGAUAGGGGACUGGCAGGGCCGGUCCACAGUGAGGAACAGUUACCUGUAUCUGACUGGGUCUUCUUGGAAGAGCUUAGCACACAGCCGCAGAGCCUCUAUGGGCAGUGGCUGCUGCUCUCUCUCCAGCCUAUCCAGCUUGGGGACCUGCUUCUCCUCCCUCUAUCAGGACUUGGCCAAACACAUUGUCAAUACAUCAAUGGCUGAUGUAAUGGCUGCUUGUUCGGAUAAUCUCCACAACCUCUUCAUCUGCCGGGCAGCAGAUGGCUGGACCUAUCAGGGUGUGGAGCAAGAGGUACAGCUUUACUACAAGGAGUUCUCUUCUACUCGACAUGGAUUCUUGGGUGCAGGUGUGGUGUUCAAGCCGCUCUCUCAAGUAUGGGCAGCUGUGAGUGACCCCACUUUGUGGCCUCUGUACCACAAGCCCAUCCAGACAGCAAGGCUCCAUCAGCGGGUGACCAGCAGUAUCAGCCUGGUGUACUUGGUGUGCAAUACCACACUGUGUGCGCUGAAGCAGCUGCGAGAUUUCUGCUGUGUCUGCGUGGAAGCCAAAGAGGGGCAUCUAUCAGUCAUGGCGGUUCAGUCUGUGUAUGAUGCAUCCAUGCCAAGACCUACCAGAAAAAUGGUCCGAGGAGAGAUCCUGCCCAGUGCUUGGGUCCUGCAGCCUGUCAUCAUGGAGGGGAAAGAAAUAACCAGAGUCAUCUUCCUUGUCCAGGUGGAGCUGGGUGCACCAGGCUUCCCUCCGCAUCUUCUGAACUCCUUUAUCAAACAGCAGCCGUUGGUUGUGGCCAAGCUGGCAUCUUUCCUUCAUAGUUAGUAUUGGGCCAUGGAGACAACAAUGCUGAGAUGUAGGCCCAGGAUAUCUGAGACUUUACAGCUGCUUCUAAACCCUGAGGCAAGAAGAGCCUGGGCUGCCUGUGGAAGCCAGCUAUACAGAUGGCCCCAGCCCAGGGUCACCAGCCAAACCAGUACUUAGUACUUGGUUACCUCUGAAGAGUGAGCAACCUGAAGCUUCUAGCCCUAGCUGUCCAAAGAAAGAGAUCAACUUACCUUCAGGAUUUCUCACCUUUUAUUUCCUGCCUCUGGGACUCAAUGGCACACCAAGUGUUCAGACUGGAAAAGCACAGCCUGCACAGCUGGAGCCUGCAGUGCUUUGGCAAGCUGCCUCCUUGGCAGGCAGGCACUGGCCAAAGGUGCUCUGGAUCAGUCUCCAAAAUUCAGCUCCAUUUUGUGAUGGAGUGGCAGAAAGGACCAAACCAUACAGUUUAAAGAAUCAUCUGCAUAAACCAGAUCCUGAUUCAGAAUUUUCUCUCAUUGAACGUUUACAAACAUUUUACUAUUCAUAUUACUCUCC